AUGUCCUGUAUGAAAAAUGUGUGGCAACCUUCGGUUACAACGGAAAGGUUGGAAAGCCAGCAGUACAAAAAUCAAGAAGACAAAACGAGUAGAUCUGGUAAAAUGGUAGAAAAAACGACUAAGGAACCAUUAGAAGAAUGCUGCCGCAGAAGAACGAGUUGGCCUAGACACACUCUGGGACGAACAAUUCUGCCUUUGAAUCAUCCCACUAUUAUUGCCUCUAACCCUUCUUCUCAUCCCAUCAUCACCACUAACGCAUCUCUCAAAUAUCCAAAAAAAGCUAUUGCCACCCUUGGGUUGGUUCAAAUUGGAGUUGGAGUAAUUUUUAUUAUUUGUGGAAUUAUUGAACUUGUUUAUCUGACCAGAGGAAAUUUGACGUCUUUAGGAUAUGGAAUAUGGUGUGGAGUAAUGUUAAUUUUUACAACGUCAAAGUUAAUCUUGACAAAGUCAAUAUUUCCCUAUAUAUACAACAAGGAGCACUGA